AUGGCUCAAAAAUUUUUUGAUUCUCUUGAAUACAAACCAAACUUUGAAAACAUCUAUACAGAAAAGGCCGCUUUCCUAAAGGAAUUUGAUUUACAGUAUGGUUACGGCGGUAAAAUAGAUCAGAUACGGGAAGAAGAAUAUCCCCAACUUAACGGGGCCAUUUUUCUUGACCAUUCCGCGACAACCACUUAUGCCAAAAGUUCUCUUACAUCUUUUACUACUGACCUUACUAGUAACUUGUAUGGUAAUCCUCACGCGAAUUCACCUAGUUCGCAACGGUGUAAUCAAAGGCUAGAUCAAAUCCGUGAUCGAGUUCUCAGACAUUUUAAUUCCAAUCCGGAUAACUAUCAAGUAAUAUUCACUCAAAAUGCCACGGCUGCUAUCAAAUUAGUUGGAGAAAUAUUUCCAUGGACAUCGGGUCAAAGCUCUUAUAAGUACUUGAGGGAAUCCCAUAACAGUAUCAUUGGGUUAAGAAGAUUUGCCGAGGAAUUCAAUGCUCAAAGUAUUCAAACGAUAACGAAGGAUGAUUUCUUUUCCGUAUUUGAUAGUGAUCCACAAAGGUUACAAAUCAAACACCUACCACGUGAUAAUCACAAUAUAACGUACAACCUCUUCGCUUAUCCAGCACAGUGUAAUUUUUCUGGAAUAAGGUUUCCUUUAACUUGGACUCGUGAAAUCAAAAAAUUUAAUAAUAAAAAUAUCGAUUCAAAGACUUUAGUAUUGUUGGAUGCUGCUGCUUAUGUUUCAUCGUCUUUGCUAUCGUUGUCCGAAAUAGAUACAUCUCCAGAUUUUAUUACUAUUAGUUUCUAUAAGAUGUUUGGUUAUCCUACUGGAUUAGGAGCAUUGAUAGUAAAGAGUGAAUUAGAACCAAUAUUGAGAAAGAGGUACUUUGGUGGUGGCACUCUCGAUUCAAUUGCGUAUGAUAGACCGUGGCAGAAAUUUCGUAAAUCAUUACAUGAACGUUAUGAAGAUGGCACAAUUAAUUUCCUUGAUAUUAUUGCUUUAGAUCACGCGUUUGAUACAUCGGAACGUCUAUUUAAUAACUUCAAUUUUAUCAAAAAUCAUGUCACCUCUUUAAUUAUUUAUCUCAGUCGAAAUAUGAAAUCUCUAAAACAUUAUAAUGGACACUCGGUUUGUGUUAUCUACUCAGACAAUGAUUUCUCAGACAAUACACUUCAAGGUCCUGUUUUCAGUUUUAAUGUAAAGCGCGCAGAUGGAUCUUGGGUUGGAUACCUUGAAUUAGAAAGGUUAGCAAGUGUUAAUGGUAUUCACAUUAGAUCAGGUAUACUCUGUAAUCCUGGUAGUGUUGCGAGGUGGAUAAAGUUAUAUCCUGAAAACAUCAUAGAUAGCUUUGCUUGUGGUAAAACAUGUCAUGAUGAGCAAGAUAUGUGGGAUGGAAAACCAGCGGGGGCAGUUCGGAUUUCUGUUGGUGCCAUGUCGACAAUUGAUGAUAUUCUUGUAUGGAUGGAUUUCUUUAAAAAAUAUUUUGUAGAGGCAUCACCACCUUAUUCUAUGACUCAGAACAUUGAUGAAAACAGCUCUACUUCAUCUGACCAAAAUUUGGUUUUAGAGAAAGUAACUUUAUUUCCAAUUAAAUCAUGUCAUGGAUUUAACAUUUCACCAUUUACUUCAUGGCCUAUAACUAGUCAAGGGUUGUUGUAUGAUCGUGAAUGGAUGUUGGUAGAUGCAGGGAAUGGAAAAGCAUUAAGUCAGAAAAUUUUUCCUCGAAUGACUUUAAUUCGUCCAGUUAUUUUAAGAGACAAAGGGUUACUUUUAGUAUCAGCUCCUGAUCAGGACCCAUUGUACAUUAAUUUGGAUCCCAACGGGGUCGAGCUUUCCAUGUAUUCCUCACAAGUUUGUGGUGACAAAGUUCAGGCAUUUAUAUAUACAUCACCUAAAAUUAGUGAAUGGUUUUCGUCUUUUCUCGGUUUAUCCUGUCGUCUAGCGCGACAUGCGUCUAUGACAAAUGACAGCUUAUUGCAGCGUCGUUUUAUCAAACCACACCUUGACGCGUCUGAAAAUGCGCCUCUGUCUUUAUCAAAUGAAUCACCAUUUUUAAUGAUUUCACAUUCAAGCGUUGAUUAUGUUAAUAAAAAAAUCAAAAAAGAAGGAAAUUGUGAAGUGAAACCGGAUUGCUUUCGUGGAAAUUUUUUAAUUCAUGGAGCAAAGGAAUUCGAAGAAGAUCAAUGGAAAAUGGUUCGAUUCGGUGGACAAGUUUUUAAAAUUAUUGGUCCGUGCAGGAGGUGUCGUAUGGUUUGUAUAAAUCACGAGAAUGCAGAAGUAACUAAAGAGCCAUAUUCUAUGUUGGCUCGCUGUCGACGAUUCAAGGGCAAAAUAUAUUUUGGACAUCACAUGGUUCAUGUACCUGAUCUUUCAAAGAUACCUUAUGUAAUUGAAAGUGGUUCAUCAGUUCAAAUUGAAAAAGAAAAAUAA